UUGAUGAGGCCGGGAUCAGUUUAGUUCGAAUUCGAUUUCCGACAAUUGCAGUGGCGAUGGCGAUCAAAUAUUUUCUGUUGAGCUGUGCCGUUUCGGCAGUUUUGGUUUCAUUUUUCAGUGUAGAUGCUUAUCGAAUAACCGCCCCCGAUUCCAUGGUGGUGGAGUUCGGCACAUUCAACACCACGGAUCAGAUCUGUUUCUUCAAGAAAAUUCUGAAAAAUGCUCCUAGUCCUAAAACGUUUACCUUUAAUAAUCCAAACAACCUCCCGAUUAACUACAUCCGGGUUCAGUCGAGUCAGGUCAAACGUGGUGGAAUAACGGCGGAGAUAACUCGCGGGAACUUUGGAACGCCAUCGGUGACCCUGUAUGUGGCCGCCGCCCAGGGACGAUCAUCGUUUGCCAACGAAGUAAAGGUCGAAAUGAUGUGUACGAAUCCUUCGACAACGACUACCGUGGCGCCUGCUACCUCGACGACGGUGACGGCUGCAACCACGACGAUAGCCGCAGAUACAACCACGACGACCGCAGCGACAACGACAACAACCGCGGCGACGACAACAACGACCGAAGCCACCACUACCACUACGGCGACUACUACUACCACGACUGCCGCUACUACCACCACGGCUUAAACACGGAAGAACAGAAGUGUUCUUUCGUCCGCUUGGAGGAGUUUCUAACUUUUGUAAAUCGAUUUCAACAAAAUAAUUUAUUUAUUUAUUCGUUGACUUAUCAUAUAGGUGAAAAAAAUGCGAUGAAAUCAUCAGUGCCAGAUUUAAAAGUAAUAAAUAAGAAUAUUCUUUAUAGAAA